AAGCGGUACCAAAUGCAUCAGCUCACAAGAAUAUUCCCAUCUGCAAACGACAAGUCACUCCCCAUUUGUCGAGGAAAGCAUUCGGCUCAACAGAAUCUUCCGUUAAAUGUCAAACGUCAUUACCGAUUUGUCCAUGAAAGCAUUACUCCAAUGGAGUUACAUAAGUUCUUUUCCCCUGCAUAUCAAAUCCAUUGGCCUUAAUAAUGGAGUUUGCCAAGGCUUUCAUGGAUUCUCAGCACUUUACCAGUGAACUGAUUCUCCUCUUAUGGACUGUUUCACUUGCUUCUUUACUUGUUCUCUUGGCAGUCAAGAUUCAGAACAGGGGAAGAGGCAAAAAUCUUCCUCCCGGAAAAUUAGGGCUUCCAUUAAUAGGGGAAACCCUGCAAUUCAUGAGAGCACACAGAGCUAACAAAUCCAAGGAGUGGGUACAGAGCAAGGUGUCAAAAUAUGGCCAUGUCUUCAAAACCUCAUUAAUGGGGCGCCCCACAAUUGUCCUCACAGGCCAAGCAGGCAACCGCUUCAUCUUUAACAAUGAUUACAAAAUCAUAACUAACAAGCAGACUUCCAGUGUCAGCAGGCUUCUUGGGCCUAAAAACUUGCUUGAUCUGCCUGUAGAUGAUCACAAAAGGAUGAGAGGAGCCAUCAUGUCAUUCAUGAAGCCUGAAGUCUUGCAGAAGUUCCUGGGAAUAAUGGAGUCAGUUAUACUGCAACAUUUUGCUGAGUAUUGGCAAGGAAAAGAGAAUAUUACAGUGGCCCCCUUGAUGAAGCAGCUUACAUUCCAUGUUGCCUGUGAUCUGCUCUUUUGUCUAAAGGAUGAAAAUGAGAGAAAGGUUCUAGGAAAUGAUAUCUCUAAUCUUAUAAAGGGUGUGUGGUCUAUUCCCCUGAAUUUGCCUGGAACAAAUUUUCAUGGAAGCUUAAAGGCUAGAUCUAGAUUAUAUAAGCGUUUAUCAGUUUUUCUGGAAGCCAGGAGGAGAGAGCUGCAACAAGGAAAAGCCUCUCCCAGCCAGGACUUAAUAUCAUGCUUGCUAAGUAUGGAGGAUGAUAAAAAUAUGCCCCUGACUGAAGAUGAGAUCAUAGAUAACAUGAUCUUGAUCAUGUUGGCAGGCCAUGACACUACUACUGUUCUUUUUACCCACCUUGUCAGAAUGUUGGCAUUAAACCCCUCAGUAUACCACAGCAUUCUUCAAGAGCAAAUGGAGGUUCUAUCAGGGAAGCAACCAAAUGAACCUCUUCAAUGGAAAGAUAUCCAGAAAAUGAAGUAUACAUGGAAGGUCGCUCAAGAAAUAUUGCGUUUCAUCCCUCCUGUAGUUGGUGGAUUCAGGAGAGCUAUUCAAGAUGUAGAAUAUGGAGGCUAUACAAUUCCUAAAGGAUGGCAGUUGUUCUGGACAACUGGUAUCACCCAUUGGGACGAGGAAGCUUUCAAAGAGCCAUACAACUUUGAUCCUACUCAUUUUGACGAUCAACUUCCACCAUAUACUUUUAUACCAUUUGGUGCAGGUCCCAGAAUUUGUCCGGGUUAUGAUUUUGCAAAGAUAGAAACAAUUAUAUUCUUACACCAUUUAGUAACUAAAUAUAAAUGGUCUCUCAUAUAUCUCGAUGAAAAAAUAAUUUGUGAUCCUAUGCCAACACCUAGUAAGGAUUUACCAAUCAAACUUCAUGCCAAGGGCAACUAAUUAUGUUGAUGUGAUAAUACCUAAGAAGCAUGUAUAAGGAAUUAUUAGACAAGGAUGAUAUGUAGCCGUCAAAACAUAUAUCUAUUUUUGAAGGGAUGACCUUGGAUUUCUAUUUAAUUUUCA